GGAAUAUAGUUACAGCAAAGCAGAUGAGACACGGAAGAGAUGUGACCACUGGAAGGCUAGACAUGAUUCUACUAGAUUACUCUACGAACAAGAGAGAAAGGAGAAGUUGUCCAUAAAGAGUGAGCUAUCUAAGAUGAAUCAACGUGUAUCAAUGCAGUCUGAGUACUGUGCGGGUAUGGGAGCCAUCUGCUGCACUCUUCUCUGGAGAGCUUCACAACAUCAACAAACUAUCCCAGCUUUACUCAUUGGCUCCCAGAUGGAGAAUUUCAUGUCAGUGGUGUGUCAUACUCUACAAAGCUUCAUGGCUACGUAUCAAUCUGAGGAUUUGCCUUCAGAGCAGAGUGAAGAACUCCAGUUUGUAAUGGCUCUAUGUGGAACCAUAACCAACAUUGCUGCAUCAAGUGAAGGGAGAGAGUACUUGUCGACCAACCCUAACUGUGCUCAGCUGAUCCGCACAUUCACUGCACUGCUAGCUUCACCAUCAUCUGAAACACUCAACAAACUCAAAAAGUAAAUAUGACUAAUCAGAGUUUCUUUUGGAUCCCAUAUUGUAUAUCUGUCUAUAUU